CCCCCACCCCAACCACUCCGCCCCUCCCUCACCCCUCUCCCGUGCUCGCCCUCCGCACCGCCGCGGCGCCACCUCCUCCUCGCGGCCGCCGGGAUGUUCUACUCGCACCAGCUCCUCGCGCGGAAGGCGCCGCUCGGCCAGAUAUGGAUGGCCGCCACGCUCCACGCCAAGAUCAACCGCAAGCGCCUCGACAAGCUCGACAUCAUCAAAAUCUGCGAGGAGAUCCUCAACCCGUCGGUGCCCAUGGCGCUCAGGCUCUCCGGGAUCCUCAUGGGUGGCGUGGUGAUCGUGUACGAGAGGAAGGUGAAGCUUCUCUACGAUGAUGUGUCCCGUCUCCUGAUUGAGAUCAACGAGGCAUGGAAGAUCAGGCCGGCCGUGGACCACACCGUCCUCCCCAAGGGCAAGGCUCAAGCCAAGUAUGAAGCAGUAACACUGCCAGAGAACGCGAUGGAUAUGGAGGUGGAGCAGCCCGUGCUUUUCACAGAUACUGAUACUGCCAGGUUCCGGGGAAUGCGCCUGGAGGAUUUGGAUGAACAGUAUGUCAAUGUCAACCUGGAUGAUGAUGACAUCUCUCGCGCCGACCGUCAUCAUCAAGCUGAGGCAGUCAACAUUACCCUGGUCGAUAAUUUUGAGUCUGGUCUUGCUGAAACUGACAUCUUCAAUCGUUUUGAGAGAUUUGACAUAGCAGAUGAUGACACCACAGUCCAUAUUACACUCGAUGGACACCCAGAGGCUCCAAGUACACUAGUUCCCUCUCCACCAAGGCCAGAAGACCCUCCUCAACAACAGGAACAGUGUGCUGCCCCAUCCCCCAUCCACGAAGAACCUCAACAAGGGGAUUCAUUGAAGGAGCAAGAGGAGCAGAAGACGACGGAGCAACAACCAACUAAACGAGCAAAGAGGAAAGCACGCGGCAAGGGCCCCCAAGUGAUCAUGGAUAACCAGAUAAUGAUCCCAGGAAAUGUAUAUCAGUCAUGGUUGAAGGACCCAUCAAGCCUCAUCUCUAAAAGGCGUCAAGUCAGGAGUAAAAUCAAUCCUAUUAAGGCAAUUAAGAUAGGCGAGCUCAUGGACUUGCCACCGUCUGCCCUAAUGUCUUGCUCCGAUGACUCACAAGAGAUAUAUUACCCUCAGCAGCUUAUGCAGCUCUGGAAGGAAUGCACCAAAGUCAAGCCCCCAAAGCCCUCAUCUUCUUCAGGAGAUAAAUCAUCAUCAUCAUCACAAGAAAAGCAGCCGAGAAACUCUCCGCCUCAGCCUCAAGGAGAUCAGAAUGAAAUGGGAGCUCAACCAAUGGACUUCACACCAAUGGACUUCACAGAUGGCAUUGAAAAGAUGAGAGCAAACAAGAGUGGAGAAUUUGAAGGUGUUUUUGAUGGUCCGCAUGGUGACCCUAGUGUUACACCUGGAAGUCCUGGGCUAAGUCGCAGGUCAGCUUCAAGCUCUGGUGGCUCUGGAAGGGGGGGAUUUCUGCCAUUGGAUCCAGAAAUACUGUUACAAUCUGGAAGUGGAAGGGCCAAGAGGAGGCAGCUUUCAUCUGGACGAAGCUUGGGGAACCUUGAUCCAGUUGAAGAGGAAUUCCCAAUGGAGCAAGAAGGGAGGGAGUUCAAGCUGAGAAGGCUUUCAGAUAUUGAACCAACUCCUGAUCUUAUGGUAGAAACAGAACCCACUCAAACCCCGUUCACAAAGCAAUCCAGUCCUCCCGAUCACAUCACUGAAUCAAUUCACUCGUACCUAAAGCUCCACUUCGAGAGCCCGGAUGCCCCGCCGUCUGAAUCGCUAAGCCAGCUAACUUAUGGGAUGAAUACAGCACAGGCUGCCCGCCUAUUCUAUCAAACAUGUGUCUUAGCAACGCUCGAUCGCAUCAAGGUCACACAGGUGGAACCAUACGGACCCAUCCUGAUCUCAAGGGGGGCCAACAUGUGAUCAUCUCCCUAUUAAUCUUAAACGCCCGGAAGACCUGGAGCCUCUUGCACAUCUCAUGUUUAUAUAUCUAUAGUGGUUUAAGUCUGCACAGGAAGAAAUCUUGUAGGAGUAGGUAAUUUGCUUAUAUAUCUGCUGGUGGGAAGCAAGGGAGUGAUGGUGCUGUGUUAUUGCAGUAGUUUGGUCAGGCCACAGGGAAAUUCUGUAAGAUAUGCUACGCUGAAAGAAUCAAGAGGGUUGACAGGCGGUGUAGGUUAGUUGCUUAUACUAUGUUCAUCGGGGGGAUAUUUAUGGUACCUGAGAUCUGCUGGUUAAGUCUGUUUAACCGGAUAUUUAUUAUACUACUGUAUGUUUUUCCUAUCGCAAA